GGGGGCGGCGGGGCAAGAUGGCGGCGCACCUGUCUUACGGACGAGUGAACCUGAACGUGCUGCGCGAGGCGGUGCGUCGCGAGCUGCGCGAAUUCCUGGACAAGUGCGCGGGAAGCAAGGCAAUAGUUUGGGACGAGUAUCUCACAGGACCGUUUGGCCUGAUUGCACAAUAUUCACUACUGAAGGAACAUGAAGUGGAAAAAAUGUUCACACUUAAAGGAAGUCGUUUGCCCGCAGCUGAUGUCAAGAAUAUUAUCUUCUUUGUCAGACCCAGGCUAGAACUGAUGGAUAUAAUUGCCGAAAAUGUGCUCAGUGAAGACAGACGUGGUCCAACAAGAGAUUUCCACAUUUUGUUUGUGCCGCGACGUAGUUUACUGUGCGAACAGCGGUUGAAGGAUCUGGGUGUUCUGGGAUCCUUUAUUCAUAGGGAGGAGUACAGCCUUGACCUCAUUCCAUUUGAUGGGGAUCUCUUAUCCAUGGAAUCGGAGGGUGCAUUCAAAGAGUGCUACCUGGAGAGUGACCAGACGAGCCUCUACCACGCAGCCAAGGGGCUGAUGACCCUGCAGGCUCUGUAUGGGACAAUCCCCCAGAUCUUUGGGAAAGGAGAGUGUGCCAGGCAAGUGGCCAAUAUGAUGAUCAGGAUGAAGAGAGAAUUUACAGGAAGCCAAAAUUCAAUAUUUCCUGUUUUUGAUAAUCUCUUGUUGCUCGAUCGAAACGUUGACUUAUUAACGCCUCUUGCCACUCAGCUUACAUAUGAAGGACUCAUUGAUGAAAUUUAUGGCAUUCAGAACAGUUAUGUGAAAUUACCUCCGGAGAAAUUUGUACCGAAGAAGCAGGGCGAUGCUGGGAAGGAUCUCCCCACGGAAGCAAAGAAGCUUCAGCUGAAUUCUGCAGAGGAGCUCUAUGCUGAGAUCCGAGACAAAAACUUCAACGCGGUGGGCUCCGUGCUUAGCAAGAAAGCAAAAGUGAUCUCCGCGGCGUUUGAGGAGAGGCACAACGCUAAGACGGUUGGGGAGAUCAAGCAGUUUGUUUCCCAGCUGCCCCACAUGCAGGCAGCAAGAGGCUCACUUGCAAACCACACCUCGAUUGCUGAGUUAAUAAAAGAUGUUACCACUUCUGAAGACUUCUUUGAUAAACUAACAGUGGAGCAGGAGUUUAUGUCUGGAAUAGACACCGAUAAGGUCAAUAGUUACAUUGAAGACUGUAUUGCCCAAAAGCACCCGCUGAUCAAGGUGUUAAGAUUGGUUUGCCUCCAGUCUGUGUGCAAUAGUGGACUCAAACAAAAAGUUCUGGAUUAUUACAAAAGAGAAAUUCUCCAGACAUAUGGCUAUGAGCACAUAUUGACCUUGUACAACCUAGAGAAGGCUGGCCUGCUGAAACCACAGACGGGGGGCAGAAACAAUUACCCAACAAUCCGGAAAACGCUACGCCUCUGGAUGGAUGAUGUGAACGAACAGAAUCCCACAGACAUAUCGUAUGUGUACAGUGGUUAUGCCCCUCUCAGCGUGCGGCUGGCACAGCUGCUCUCACGGCCUGGCUGGCGCAGUAUUGAGGAAGUUCUCCGCAUACUCCCAGGGCCCCACUUUGAAGAACGGCAGCCGUUGCCCACGGGACUGCAAAAGAAACGUCAACCAGGAGAAAACCGAGUCACUCUGAUAUUUUUCCUUGGGGGCGUAACCUUUGCUGAAAUCGCGGCCCUGCGAUUUCUCUCCCAGCUAGAAGACGGAGGUACAGAAUAUGUCAUCGCCACCACUAAGCUAAUGAAUGGGGCCACCUGGAUAGAGUCUCUAAUGGAAAAACCUUUCUAGGCUGAUCAAAGUCGACUUGAAUGAACUGCAAAAUAAACUCCUUUGGAGAAGCUGCCAAAAGGAAGUGAAACCCCACUGAAGAGUAACAGAAGGAUACAGAAUUUACUUCGGGGGUCAGCCUCUUCAAUUACACUGUUUUCUCCUUUCUGCUUCUCUUUUGUGUUUCUAAUUUCUUGAAGAAAAAAGAAUAGAAGAGAAUCCAUCUGGCUAACAGAAACACCAGUUGUUAAUGUUCUAAGCUCAGGGUCUUUCUUACAGACCUCUUGGAAACGUAUUAAGGAUGGUGGGGAUGGAUAGUCUUAUACAGCUGCACAAAUGAGGUCAGUUGUUAGGAAGGCAGAGACGGAUGGGUAAAAAUGAAAA